GAUUCAUAAUAGGUCUGUCAAUUGUCAAAUACUUGAAACAAGUGACAAGAGAUCUAAAUUACUGAUAAUAUUAAGGUGAAAAGCGUUUUUCGUUUUCGAAGUAUAUAAAGAUUUUAAAACCAUUCAAUUCGGUUUUGUUCUGAUUACACAGUGGUAGCAAAAUGUCACAGUAUCCACCUAAUCCCAAUCAAGGCUACUAUGGUGGACAACAACCAGGUUACCCACCCCAAGGAAGUUACCCACCACCUGGUGGAUACAAUCCACAAGGUGGUUACCCCGCUGCGCCACCACCAGGAUCUUAUCCCCCACCUAACCAAGGAUAUCAGCCAGCACCACCACCGUAUAUUGCCAACGAUCCAUACUCAACAGGUGAACAUGUUCCCUUCUCUAGUAACACUACUGGUUAUGGCGGCACAGGCUAUGGUGAAGAUCCAGAAGUAAAAGGAUUUGAUUUUAGCGAUGCAUCAAUUAGAAGAGGUUUCAUUCGAAAAGUUUAUGCCAUAUUGUCAGUCCAACUCGGCAUAACACUCUCUUUCAUAUGCUGGUUCCUCUACCACAGACCCACUAGAGAAUAUGUUUAUUCACACAUAGGUCUGUUUUAUGCCUCACUUGUCAUAGUUUUUGUGGCUAUGAUUGCUUUAGCAUGUUGUGGAGAUUUACGCAGAAAAGCACCAGCUAACUAUAUAUUUUUAUUUAUAUUUACUUUGGCUGAAAGUUUCUGCCUGGCAUGCUCUGCUUCUACUUUCAAAGCAGAUGCAGUUGCUAUGGCCGUGGGAAUUACAGCUGCAGUGUGUCUUGGAUUAACUCUAUUUGCUUUUCAAACAAAAUGGGACUUUACUAUGAUGGGUGGGAUUCUUUUUGUAGCUGUAAUUAUUCUAUUGGUUUUUGGAAUAGUCGCUAUUUUUGUCAGAAGUAAAGUUUUUCAACUACUGUACGCCUCUUUUGGAGCUUUAUUGUUUUCCAUUUAUUUGAUUUACGAUACACAAUUGAUGAUGGGUGGUAAACAUAAGUAUUCAAUAUCUCCAGAAGAAUAUAUAUUUGCAGCGAUGAAUCUAUAUGUUGACAUUAUUAACAUUUUUAUGUACAUUUUGGCUAUUAUUGGACAGGCUAGGGAUUAAAUUGUUAAUUUGUUGUAUCGAAUUUUUUAAUAUUCCAUUUUUAUUUACUAGUCUGUUUAUUUCUAUAUUAUAUACUUAUAUAAUUAAGUCACAUCACAGUUAGAGUAAUUUGGGCAAUAAAUCAUAUAUCAUUUAGAAGAGAUGGGAGAUAGGAAAUUAACACAAUUGUUUGUUCAAUAUUUCUGUGAAAGAAUCGAUAUUAACUAUAAUAUAAUAAUCUGUUGUUCACUUAUCAUCUAAUAAAUAAAAUUUCAACAUAUAUCUUGCUUUUAUUGAUAAAUUAUCAACAUUAAAUUAAAUAGAAGUUAAUUAUGAUAAAUUGAAUUAAUUUUUAUAUACUAAAACAUCAGUUAUUAUUUAAAAAAAAAUAAGGGAAUUGUUUACAGGUAUAUGAAAACUUAUAUUUAGCUUGAGCUUUUUCAAAUAUUCUAACAUUUACUUGGGACACCCUAUAUAUUUAAGAUAAUAGUGGACUGUUAUGAGUAAUAUAAUGAUUGUGUUACAGAAUUUCUUUGUUGCCUUCAUUCUCCUAACUUUACAGACUGUUUUAAUUAUUAAUUGUUGUUAUUUAUUUUAUUGUCCUGACGUUUAAAUCCAUUAGAGAAUGUUUUUAUUCAUUUUUCAACCAUUUAUUUUAAAAAUCAUUAAAAUAUAUCUGAUAUUCAAAUAUUUAAUCUAAAUCCAUCUCAUAUUUUUAUUUAUCAAAAUAUAAUAAACAAUUAUGAAAUGUAUAUUGAAUUUUUAUCUGUGUUAAAAAUGUACGUUAAUCCAAUAUGAAACAGUAGCUCCAGGUUCACUAGAAAAAAACGAGCUUUUAGUAUUGAUAAAUAGCUCAAGUGCGACCUCAAAACAGAAUGAAAUAUAUCAUUUUCAAGACAAUAAUCAUUAAAGCUUGAUUAUACAAUGCUAUUAGUACCGACACCGCAUUUUUAUUAGAUUAUGUAGAAAAAAACUACCCGAAUUGAAGUUGAAGACAUAAAUGUGUUCGCUGAAUUUCCUUGCAUCAAAUUAAUAGCCCAACCAAUAAAGGACUUUCAUGGGGAAUAAGUAGUAGGAUAAAACUGAUUUUUACCCAGGUAAUAGAAUAUCGCUAGAGGAACAUGAAUCAUCUUUGAGCUUACCUUAACACUAACAAUAAUAUAUAAGAUUCUACACUUAACUCUGCCUUUAUACUAAUCACUUCAUUCUCUUCAGUCUUUAUUCUAUGUUUGUGUCGCCUUGAUGUUCACAUGUUUGAGUGUUUGCUGUUCGUGACUCUUGAAGAGUCCUGAUGAAGAUCUUUACUUCAAAAGUACCAGCGAUGCUCCUUAGCACUUCAUUUUGAAAUCUCUAGAUUAUUUGGGAGUUACUUUCACUGACACCUCCCUAUAGUUAAAUCCUGUAGGUCUGUAGUGGGUUUAGUGCUCUGCUUUUAUACUAAUCACUUAGAUAACUAUCUCAAAAGGCUUCAUCCUCUUCAGUCUUUAUUCUAUGCUAGUGUUGCCUUGAUGUUCACAUGUUUGAGUGUUUGCUGUUCGUGACUCUUGGCAAAUUUAGUGAUUAGAUGCUUCACAGUGUCAUCUCCAAGUCCCGAUAAAGAUAGUUAUUUUGAAAGUAUCAGUGAUGCUCCUUAACACUUCUUUCUGGAAUCUCUUAGAUAAUUUGGUGUUACUUUUGCUGACACAUCCUUAUAAUUGAAUCCUUUAGGUCCAUACUAGCUUUAGUGCUCUGCUUUUACUCUAAGCACUUAGUUAACUAUCUUAAAAGCCUUCAUCCUCUGGUUUUAGGAUCCUCUUAUAUACAAGUAAUUUAUUAUAAAUUGACAGAGUGGAUUUUCUUCUCAGCAACCAAAAUAUUCUAUUGUAUCUAAUACCUAGUUCUUCCCGUUUCUUUGUUAUAUGAGGUUUCCAUUGUAACUUCGCAUCUAGUGUUAGCCCGAGAUAUUUUGCUGUAUUAGCGUAUGGUAUCUGUUCAUCAUCUAUAUUUAUUGGUACAUAUUGCUCAUUAUUUAUUUGUAAAAUUCACACGUACCGAUUUUUUCUUGUUUAAGCUUAUCCUUUAUUUGUUUGGUUCAAUCAUUAAUUUUAUCAAUUGAUGUUUGUAGGUUGGUUGCUGCUUCUUCGUGUCAAGAUAAAUUUGGUCGGGAGUUAGGUUUAGUUCUUUGACGAUCUUCUUAAACUUAUCUUUAUAUGGAUCGACCGCAGCGGUAUCACAAGAGAUUUUUUCGCUCUUCAUACCUAGCAGACGAUUUCUAAAAUCAUCUUUUCCCAUUAUUUUAUCAUAGAAGAAUCUGACUUUUUCUUGGAGAACUUCCCCUGAGAUUUUGCUCUUGCUUUUGCCAACCUGAAGAAACUCUCCAGUUUUCAAUGAUUUAAUUUUGUCACUGUUUUUUCAAUUCAAUUCAUUUGCAAGGUUAGAUAGUUUUUCACCAUUCUCAAGUCUUUUUUUUUAUUAAACAGCAUUAAUGUUUUGAGUUUUCGUUUACACUGUGUUGACAUUUUUCCCAUGAAUAAACUGAUACACUACUAAACAGCAACGUUGAGAAUAACACUAAAACAAUAAGAGGCUACUGGAACGUCGGCAGUUUUUUGUUUACAUAAUUGUUGUGUAUCAUAGAUUUGUUCUUGGUAGCUGCACUGGCAGAACUAUUUCAGGAAGUGUACACUAAAGCGUUCUUUGUAGCAGAAUCAACGCUAGUGUCGUUGUUUCUAGUAACAGUGUAAGAGAACUAGUUCAUCCAGUUCUCUGUACUGCUUGCACUGAGUCUACAGUCAGUUCAGCCAGUGUUUUGUGCAAAUGUGGCAAUAGUGUCGUUUUCUAAUUAGGGUAUGUCACUUGUGUAUGAGGUACAACCCGAUAGCAUUAUCUUCUGGUAUACCUGCGUUGAUAUCUUUUAAGUCUGAGUAAGCAUCUUCUUACUUUAUUCUGAAACUCGUUUUGCAAGGGCAGUUUGUAUUUUAGUUUUCCAUGCUGACAAAAUUCUUCGUAACAAAAUAUUGUUGCUUACCUCUCUUGUGAACUUAUUGGUAUACUUAUAUGUUUGUUACUACCCGUAGUAUAGGGGUGAAAAAGCAGGAAGUGAUAUUCUAUCAAACUAAUUUCCGAGCUUGUGUAUGGGUUAUAAAUACCAUAAAAUAAUAAAAUAACAUUCCAAAUUUCAGGAGCUUGUUAAACAUUUGAACAUUAUUCCAAGUCAAUUUUUAAGGGUAAUCCCAAAGUUUUAUAUUUUUUAAACAAAUUAUUAAAUGCACGUCCAGUUUUAACGAUUAUGGAAUCAAAUUUUAUAUCAAACAUAUAAUUUUCGAAAAAUUAUCCAUUAAAAAUUAUUCAUAAGUAAGGAUUAUUAGUUUCUUUUAGGAUAUUAUGAAAACGAAUUCAGCGAACAUAACGGUGUUGCAUAUGCACUUUGCUCAGUUUAAAGUCAAUUGGUUUUUUAUAGUGGAACAGAUUUGUUAAUCUGGAAUAGGGGGAAAUAUCAAAAUGUAAUGAAAAAUUUAGACUUAAAAAAAACUCAAAAAUUAGCACAAUGUGUACCAUAUUCUGCAUUACAGUGUACAAAAAAAUUAGCAAUACUUAAUAAAACUUGAUGGUGUCAUCAAUAAUUUUGGAAUUUUUGUACAAAAAACUUUUUGUUAGAUAUGUCUGUAUUCAUACUCGAAUUAUUAUCAAGUAGCUCUUAAUAUGUGUUAUUUAAUGAUAGAAAGACUGUCAAAAUACAAGACUUAAGGUAGUACUACCGGUUCUAGAAAUUGCAUUCAUAAUUAAAUGAAACUUGGAAUGUUAGUAUAGUAAGAUCCCUGGGGAGACACGUAAUAUGAAACAGCGCUAAACGAGGUUAUCUCAACAUGUAUAUAAUGGGAAAAUGGAUAGAAAAUUGGUUAUUGAAUAUAAUAAUUUUUCUUUUUUUUAAAUAAAACCUAACAUUUAUUUUUCACAAAAAUAAAAAUAUAAACGAAUAUUCUUAUUAAAACAAAUAACAUUCUAAAUCAGUCAGACCAUUCAGUCUAUUCUGUGUUUCCAAAUUUCAUCCUUUUUGUAAAGAAACAUCUAAUGUAGUUUGCGUUUUUCUCUUGCAUUCUGUUAGAAGUUGUUGAUAAGAGUAUCUGUAACACCCCGUAUGCUUUUGAACUCCUGUCAAAAUUUGGAUCAUUUUCAACAAAUUAGUCCAUAAUGUCAGUUAUAGUGGUCGAACACCAUCGAAAGUUCUUUUUGCUCUUCUUCGAAAUCACUACUAUCAAUAUUUUUGCUUCCUUCUUGCUCAGUUAAUUCCUUGAGCUCAUCAUUACAAAGACUAGCUGCUGUUUCUUCAACUAUUCGAUGCCUUCCACAUUUACCUCAUCUGAACCGGUUUUUUUCUCUAAUUCCACUAUUUCAUCCAUAUCAAGUAGUUUCAACGGAAAGAUACACAUUUUCUUGAGAUUUUGUUUACUUGAAAUUUAAACUAGUGAUGAGAAUAAUUAGUAAAAAAUUAAAAAAAAUAUGUUAUGUUACUUAUAUGUGGCAACGUUGCGGACGAGAUUUUGAGGCGCGCGAAAUUUGAACGUGUACGCGGUAUGUGGGGAUAUUAGUGUUAUACAUCUCAUUUCAUUUACGCGACGUUAGCAAAUAUAGACACUGUGCAAAUCAAACUACCCGGAGCACACAUUUGACAUUUGUGAUAACGGUAGUACUACCGAAACAACAGGAAAGAUUGGAUAUUAUGACUUUACAAAUGAGUUCUGGAUUAACAGAUUUGUAGGAAAAUAUAUCAAAAUAAUUGUUUUAACAUCUAAAUCAAUUGCUCCACAACUGAAAGUUUUUCAACAUAUAUUUUAGGGAAGUUUGAUAAUAAUAGGUAUAGAAAAAAAUGAUCAAGAGGAAUAUUAGUCUUUGGGAACUGAAGAUUAUUUUUCUUGAUUCAAAAUGUCAGAAACUUGUUGAAUUUGAAAAUCUCAAAAUAUAAUUUCCACUUAUAUCGAGAAGUAGUUUUAGGUCCCAUUUCUAAUAACUAUUCAAACAUAAACAAAAGUGUACAAAAAAAUUAGAUAUGUUGAGUUUGGAAAAACAAUUCUUUGAUGAUAUUUUGGGUUUCUUAGUCUGUUUUUGAUCAAGACUAAAUUUAAUUUUCUAAUAAUUUUAGGACAAUUGACUGUUUUUGUAUUUCAAUUAUUAUCAGCUCAAUGUUUGGUAAAUAAUGUAAUAAGCAUCAAAUCUGCCCAAAUAAAUUACUUAAUCUCUACAGUACAUCAGAAAUUGUCUCUGGAGUAAUAGAUACACACAAAAUUAUUGUUUUUGCUGUUUAAAUACUCACAUCUCACAAAGUCUUGGACCCCCUGGGUAUUUAAAAAAAUAUUUUUAAGUAUUUUUAAAUUUUAUUAAAUGUUCUUAAACUUAUACUUCAGUGUAAUUACAAUAUAUGCGAAAGAAAAAAAUUUAAAUUUGCGUAACCAAAAAUAUACUGUAAACCAAGUAACGAAAAAUGUACAAAAUAUUGAAGUGUGAAAAUUUUUAUUUCAAGAAAAAAGAUAUAAUGUAAUAAAAAAAAAAACAAAUUAAUAGUCCAUAUUUUCCCAUUCUUCUUGUAAGGCGGUAGUCAGGUCUCGAAGAGUUACAGAUGGGUUUUUUCGAUUGGAUAUUGUUCUGCCAAUAUAAUCCCACACAUGUUCAAUGGGAUUUAUGCCUGGUGACUUGCUAGACAAUUCAUUCGUUGGAUAUCUCCUUCCUCUAGGAUGUUUUGUACAAUUUCCGUGCGAUGUGGUCUGGCAUUAUCAUCUUGAAAAAUGAAAUUUGCUCCAUAUUCAUUGCGCAAGGACUGAACUAUCGGUCUUAAAAUGUUCAUCAGGGAUCCGCCAUUUUAGAGAACAACAUUUCUGGUAAAAUUGAAUCGCUCCUGUCUACCUGGGCCUCUCCAGACCCUUUUCCGUCGACUAUCACUGUGGAAACCAAAUCGGGACUUGUCGGAAAAAAGAACGUUGUAGAGCCCAAUCUCUGUGCUCUUUAGCCCAUUGGAGACGGGCAGCUAUGUGUCGUCGUGAAAUCUUACGCAUCCUUAAAGAUCUUACUCUUAGAUUCGAUGAAUGUAAUCUCUUUUUGAUGGUACUUCUCGAAACUGCCCUUCGGUAUGUUAACAAAAGGUGACUUGGAACCACCGUUACCGUUAUAAAUCGGUUUCUUCGGAUGACAUUAGCUAUGUAACGGUCUUCCAUCUCUGAUGUAACUCUGUGGCGACUUGUUACCGGUCAACGCUACCAGUUUCCUGGAAAAGGACUACUAUCCGCCUCACCGAAGUCCGUGACAUAUUCAGACGAAUGGCAAUGUGGUGAUUAGAUAAACCUUCUUAAUGUAAGGCCACUAUUCUUGCUCGAUCAAACUCAUAUUACCCUACAUUUUCAACAAAACUCGCUGACAAGUUAAAUCUGGUUUUAUUUACAAAAAUUCAUAUAUUUACGGAUGAAAGUAAUUUUUUGUUACGAUAUUGUUUUUAUUUUUAUCAUAAGGUGCCAUAAAAUUUAAAAACAAAAAAUGGGUUCUAUUCAUAGGCAAACUUAAAAGUUCACAAGGGGGUCCAAGACUUUUGGAGAUGUGUGUAUAUUUGACAUUCAAUUUAGUGCAUUUACAGCAGAAAGUUUUUCUACCAUGGAGGUGUGAUACAUAAUAAUGGAUAAGGAUUAUUAUUAACAAAUGAGAAAAAAAUGAGGGCUUCUAGGAAAUAAAGUUUAUUUUUUAUUCUUAAUCUUUCUUCCAAAUUUCAGAAUUUUCUUAUAAUGUAUUUUUGGUGUUAAUCUAUGUAAUACUAAGAAUAAUUUGAAUCAAUAUAGACCGUUUCUCUAUAAAAAAUUAAUUUAAUCUCAAAAAUAGAAAAGAAAGUACCUAUAUGUUAUGGUUGAGAAAGACGUGGCAUUUGCUGACUUCGCAAUUAUAGCAAGCCUUUCAAAAAUAAAAAUUAUUAUUGUCUAGAUUAAAUUUAUAUAUAUAUACUUAUAUACUUAUACACUAUAUAUGUAUUUGUAUGUAUCUACUGUAGUUGUAAUAAAAUAUAUAUGAACAUGUAUAGAGACUAGUUUUAGAUAUACAUAUUUCGAAAUAUUCUUGCUUCAAUAACGUAUGGUAAUGUUUUCAUGAAAAUAAAUUUUAAAA